CACUCAGAUCUCCUGCGGUCUGACUGCUCAGAUGACAUCAGAGACAGAGAGAGGGCGGGACGUUAAGAGGGUGAAAGGGAGAGGGAGAGAGAGGAAGAAGUUAAGGCUGAGCUGAUCAACAUACGACACAUCAGACACUUGUGGUCCUGUUUGUCCCUGCGGCUCUGACUCUGCAGGAGCGAAGCUGACCACAUUAUCUACAUCCCCUCCCUCUUCCUCUCACCUUGCUGCCUCCUCUUCCCCCCUAAGACCAUGGAGGAAGCCACCAAGACCACAGACACUGGACCAGCCCUGCCGCCUCUCCUGGAACGACGGGUUCGCCAGCGAGAGCCCACAGUGUCAGUCCUCAAAUCCAAGCUGAAGCAGAGCGCGACAUGCUCCGUGCCCAGAGUGCGAUCCACCCUUACCGGGUUCUUCCCCGUGGUGCGCUGGCUUCCAAAAUACAAGCUCAGAGAGUACGUCUGGGGCGAUCUCAUGUCCGGCAUGAUCGUUGGUAUCAUCUUGGUGCCGCAGGCCAUUGCCUACUGCUUGCUGGCAGGAGUGGAGCCCAUCUAUGGUUUAUACACCUCGUUUUACGCCAACAUCAUCUACUUCCUCAUGGGGACGUCCAGACAUGUCAGCGUGGGGAUCUUCAGCCUCAUGAGCCUCAUGGUCGGACAGGUGGUGGAUAAGGAGCUAUACCUGGCAGGCUUUGAUCUCAAUGAGGACUCCAAAGCCUCUGUCCCGGAUGUGUUUAAUGCCACCCUGGGCACUAACCUCACAACUGGUAAACCUCACAGCGUGGAGCUAAUGGGUCUGCAGUGCGAGAAGGAGUGCUACGCCAUCAGCAUCGCUACUGCUCUUACAUUCCUGGCUGGCAUCUAUCAGCUCUUGAUGGCUGUGUUUCGGCUAGGUUUCGUCUCUGUUUACCUUUCGUCUCCUAUGCUGGAUGGUUUUGCUACUGGAGCCUCUUUCACCAUCCUGACCGUGCAGGCUAAAUACCUGUUGGGUCUAAAGAUUCCCCGUCACCAGGGCUAUGGCACAGUUGUCAUCACCUGGAUUAACAUCUUUGCCAACAUUCAUAGAACCAACCUGUGUGACCUCAUCACUAGUGCCAUCUGUAUCUCUAUAUUAGUGGCAGGGAAAGAAAUCCAGGAGCGCUACAAGGAUCGUCUGAAGAUCCCUCUGCCGACUGAGCUGAUAGUAGUUGCAGGAGCUACACUGGCCAGCCAUUUUGGGGAGCUGAACAGUCGUUACAGCUCCAGUGUUUCCGGUCACAUCCCCACAGGGUUCAUUCCUCCCCAGGUGCCCAGCUUUGGUCUUAUGCAGCGGGUGGCACUGGAUGCCAUUCCUCUGGCAGUCAUAAGUUUUGCUUUCACAGUGUCGCUGUCCGAGAUGUUUGCCAAGAAAAACGGCUACACGGUUCGUCCUAACCAGGAGAUGCUGGCCAUUAGCUUGUGCAACAUCGUCCCUUCCUUCUUCCACUGUUUCACCACCAGCGCAGCACUGGCAAAAACCAUGGUGAAGGACUCAACAGGCUGCCAGACACAGGUAUCAAGUUUGAUCAGUGCCCUGGUUGUCCUUCUCGUCCUCCUCUUCUUCGCACCCUUCUUCUACGAUCUCCAGAAGUGCGUUCUUGCUUGUAUCAUAAUCGUCAGCCUUCGGGGGGCUCUGAGGAAGUUCAAGGACGUCCCAGCUAAAUGGCGUGCCAGUAAAAACGAUGCUAUAGUGUGGCUGGUCGCGAUGUCAGCUACAGCUUUGAUCAGCGUGGAGCUGGGCCUCCUGGUCGGAGUAGUUUUUUCAAUGACCUGCAUCAUCUUUAAGACCCAGAAUCCUAAGGUCUCCCUCCUGGGGCGGGCCCAUGACACUGAUCUUUACGAGGACAUGGACGAGUACAAGGACCUCACGCCUCCACCUCGGGUUCAGGUCUUCCGCUUCCAGGCUCCCCUCUACUAUGCCAACAAGGACUCAUUUCUCAAAUCCCUCUACAAAGCUGUUGGAGUGGAGCCUUUCUUAGAGAUGACUAAGAGGAGAAAGGCAGAGAAGAAGGCCAAAGACAUAUCCACAAAACAAACCAAGGCAAAUGGGGAUAAAAACAACGGCGAGGUCAUUAUCGCACUCGUCCAAAGAGAACUGGAUUUCCACACGAUAGUUUUAGACUGCUCUGCCAUGCCUUUCAUAGACUCAACAGGCAUGGCCACAUUUAAGGGGCUGGUCAAGGAAUAUAAUGAGAUCAAGGUGAGCAUUCUCCUUGCCAACUGUAACACCUCAGUCAUUGAUACCCUGCAGAGGGGACAGUUCUUUGGGAAGAAUGACCAAGAAAUGAGCAGCAUGCUGUUUCAUACAGUCCACGCUGCAGUUCUUCAUGCAAACAGUACAUUUGCAGCAGCAGAAAGCAGGUCAGAAGACUCUGUGGUGUAGAGCAUCAGGAAAGAGAGGGAAUGGAGACAAAGAGAUGAUUUAGGUAUGCUAUGUUGCCAUCUUUAACAAUGCCGUAGUAGGCAGCGUUGAGGUUGCCUUUUAGGAAACAAUGUCCAAGAAAACCCAGGGUUACCAUGAGGAUCCAAUACCCUUAUUAGUACACUUAAAAACCAUGCAACAAAAAUAAGAUCCGACCUGCCCAAUGAGCAUUCUUUAAAGUCGUUUUUCAAGAAAUAAAAUGCCAUUUCACUGAUGAAAAUGUCAUGAAAUGUGGUCACUGUUUAUUACUGCUCAAGGUGCCUUUCAAUAUCAGGGUUUCUUUACGAUCAGCAAGAAAACAAUAAGGUGGGCAGAACAUUUUUCUUUCUGGCACACUCAGACUUUUGGCUGGGCUCUCUUUUGUGAUCUCUGACUGAGUCAUUUUUUGACAUCAUUGGUGCCAACAUGGAUUACGAUUUUGCUAAUGCUAGCGUACAUUGUUUGAGCUUGCACACCAGGGGUAGAGGGGGCACGCGGGGCAACGGGACAACCAGUGGAGCAGGUGAGAGUCAGAAACAGCAAGUUAGGAAGUUAGGAGCACUACCAGUUAGUUGGCAGCUGAAAAUAAAUACACUUGCUAAUGCUAUCAGUAGCAGGCUUGCCAUCAAGUCUGUGGCUUAAGCUUUCAAGAGUCCUCAUAACGUUAGCAGACAUGAGCUGUUUUACCUUACUGACUUGUUUCUCCAGAAGAGAUGCCACAUCUGCACAGGCAAAACAGUCAACGCAAACUGUUGUAACACAGUUAUCGAUGUUGCAUUAGCUGUGGAUGACUAAAGGCUAAGCUAGUUUGCUAGGCUAGGCUCAGAGCUGAACUAACAGCGCAGCAACAUAGGCAACAGUAAGAUGAUUUAAAAUAAUAAGAAAAGUAGCUAGUCUAAUGUAAUGUGGACUUACCACAGUGAGGCAACUGACCAGACAAGAAGAAAUGUAAAGAAAAAGACAAAACCAAGGAGGAUGAAGGAGAAAAUAACAGGAAUCAAGUUGAAAAUACGUGAAAAUGAUCUUUGACGAAAAGGAAGAACACCAAGUCAGCCAAUAUAUUCACUGAUCAGCAAAUUCUGCCAUGACAAUAAAAUGAAGCCAAACUUUUACAAAUUUCAUGCUGCAGCAGUGCUGUUUCAGAUUAAGAUGCAAAUAAAGAAACAAAGAUAUAAUUUUUUUUAUUUUAUUAUUUUUUUUGUUUUAAGUUGGUUGCAUUAUGCACCUGAACACAUUUUCAAUCAAUCAUUCAACCUGAAUGCUGGGACUCACAGACCAAAGUGUGUGUGAGUGUCUGUAGACCAUUAAGGGACUCCCCAUGAGCCAUAGCAUUAAUAUCAAGAUAUUGAUAUCAAGAAUGAGGUCUCAUAAAUGUAAACACAGCGAACACUGUGACCUACAUCUAAUAUGUAUGUUCUCACUUGUUUAGUGAUUAAUCGAUUACAGUUGAUUUGUAAGAAUGUUAGUUCUCACGUGGUUUUUUUUUGCCCAGGAUGAGCUUCUAUUCAGUUGGUGAUAAAUGUCUUGUUUUUUUUCAAAUGACACAAUUGUGUCACCGCAAAGCCGUUUUAAACUUUUAUAUCACUUCAAGCCUUUGGCCAAAGUCCAUGAUGGCCCUAAUCCAAGAGUCCAGAGUUCAACCACAGAGAUUCAGCCACGGUCAGCAUGAUUUCCUGGGUAGCCAGCUAUUACCCUGGACCUCAAAAUAAUUUCUGAAAAGGCCAGUUAAUCUCUUCCUGACCAUAAGAAGAAGCGCUUGUUUGUGGAGGGAUCAGAAGUUUUACAUGACUCACGAGGACUCGCACACAGAGAGGGCAUUGCCUUCAAACCAGGGCUCAUUACAAUGUACUUGUACUCUUGAUCACCCAGCCAGAACAGUAUGAUCUGUUCUUGAAAAAAAGUAGAUGUAUUGACACACAUCUGAGGUCUCCUCUCGGGUGCCGGAUGAAAGAUAAUCGUUGUAUGGUGCUUCUGAAAUUGAUAUUUUUACUGAAUACCCUGACGGCAGCAGGUGAUGCCACGUAUUUUGUCAAAAUGCUUCACUGCCACUCGUUUGUUAGAAGAAAUGUUUUUAUGACUUGCAACUUUGUCUCUGUUAGCUCUUCAAACCUCUUCAGAUAUUUUCUUGAAAGUAAUUUAAACAGGAUGUGUUUCUACUUUCCUGCAAACAAGUUCAGAUCAUGUGGAUGAACCGAUUUUGUAAUAUGAUGUAGUCUUUCUUGUUUGUCAAUUAAGAAAAUCGUCAUUGUGUAUUUUUCAUACACUUAUUUUGUCAAACACAUUUUUUCCAUGUAUUCAUUUAAUGCAAAUCAUGAUAGUGAUUACAUGAGUCUGUUCGACUUUCAUUUCUGACGUAGUGUUGACAUUCAACACUUGUAUACAAACACUGCCUUACUGUUUGAAUACUUGAAUUAAACUGACGAGUUUUUAGUGAA